CGUUAGUCAGCCGACAGGUUUUUUUAAGGGAGUUGUUCUUCACGAUUACACAAUUAUAUCCAAAGCCAAAGAGCAAAACAACAAGGAGGAAGAUCACAAACAGCUCCCGAGGGAAAUUAAGUUAUUUUUAGUUUGUUUGUAUAAAUCCGCUGAAAAUUUUGAGCCAUCAUGAUAUAGGAACGUAAUUAGAAGGCAUCAGUAGCCAUCCAUUUUAAGCAAUGACAGAUAGCUCUUACACCUGUCCUCGCCAAAAAUUCAUGGAAGAUCCGAGUAUUCAGUGGCGGGAAGGCAAACCUGACUAUACCAAUGCCAAUCAAGCUUAUCUACAGGGAAGGACAAGAAACCAUAAGGAAGGCUCAUUAGAGAAGAUUGUCGAGGAUCUGGUUAAAUUAUGGGAAAUGGAAGCUUCGCAUAAAACUAACACUGAGGAUUGGCAAAGUGUUGAUGUAGAAGUUUUCACCAUCCGCGCGAACAACCAGCGCUCGUUUUCUGUGAAGGAAGGCAUUGAAGAAGGAAACUAUAACGUACUGAUGCAAAACCAACCACUUUACGACAGUAAUGUUCACUCGUUUAAAUCGUCACAUGAUAUGUUCAGGUCUGCAUUCGACCAAGGGUUUCCAUGGGAACUGAUAGAAGUGUUUUCAGGACCUCCACGGGUGGCCUUUUCGUGGCGCCAUUGGGCUCACUGGACGGGCCCGUACAAGGGAAGGACCCCGACGGGCGAACUACUUGAAAUGUAUGGAAUGGCUGUGGCCGAGGUGGACGAGAACCUAAAAAUCAAAUCAAUUGAUGUUCAUUAUGAUCCUAACCAGCUUUUGAUGAAGUUGGAAGGAAAGUAGUUUUGAUUAGCGUCUUCCUACCAUUGUCGCCCACCUCGAAUAAGCGCCCACUCUGUAGGUAACACAUGUCAAUAGGCGUUCAGCCUCAAAUAAGCAACGAGAUAAUCACAAUGAGAAAGGGAAACUCAGUUAAAAAACUUUGUCUUUUUGGUUCUGCAGCAUAAGUAUUCAAUAGGUUGAAUUCAGUCCAGAUGUUUAUCAAAAUAUCACAGUUUUAUCCUCACAGAAUAUUUAUCUUUAAGCGUAUUCAAAGUUGCAAUGAUUAAAGAAUUCAUAACAUGAUAUUGUUCUUUCUGGUCAUUUUAUUUGCACUGUUCAAGGUCACGUUUUGUAGAAGCUUAAAGGGUUCUUUACACUGUAACAGCUGAAUGCAUUAAAGACUGCACAGAGAAAAGAACUUUA